AUGGAACCGCCAAGAACAGAGCGCCAAGUGAGAAGCUUCUUGGGGAAGAUCCAGUAUAUCAGCAGGUUCAUUUCUAGAUUAUCCAUUACUUGUGCUCCGAUCUUCAAGUUACUUAGGAAGAACCAGCCAGUCAGAUGGAACGAAGAUUGUCAGAAGGCCUUUGACCAUAUAAAGGAGUACUUAAUGAAUCCACCGGUGUUAAGUUCUCCUAGACCAGGAGAACCUUUAAUUCUAUAUUUGUCUGUAGAAGACGCGGGAGUCAGAGCUAUGUUGGCACAGCCAGAUGCUGCUGGAGUAGAAAAGGCCAUCUAUUAUAUCAGUAGGAAAUUACUGCCUAUUGAGGAAAAGUAUAACUUGAUAGAAAAGACAUGUAUGGCAGUGGUGUGGUCGAUCAAGAAGUUGAGGCCUUAUUUCGAUUCUUUCAGGGUCACCUUUGUUUCCAAAAUUGAUCCUAUGAAGUAUCUUCAGAAAACACCUACUCUAGAAGGACGGCUGCCCAAAUGGUUAAUUCAGAUGGCCAGCGUAGAUGCAGAAUUUGUUAUAAAGAAGACGGUCAAAGGUCGGAUUGUUACGAAAUUCCUGGCUGAGAAUCCCGUCACAGAUGAUGAAUCAUGGGAAUUAGAAUUUCCAAAUGAACAUUUGUUAUGUGUUGAAAAGGGGGUCUGGAAACUAUACUUUGAUGGAUCAGCCAAUAGGAAUGGAGCUGGAGCUUUUGAUGGAUCAGCCCAAACUAGGAAUCGGAGCUGGAGCAUGGAGACUGCAUUUAUGGGAAUCGAGUCUCUUCUUGCAACGGGCGCUAAGGAGGUUGAGGUGAUAGGAGACUCAUUGUUGGUUAUUGAACAUGCCAAUGAAAGAUGGAAAGUUGAGGAGGAUAGACUGAAGCCCUAUGUUGAAUACUUGUUGAAGAAAGCUGCACUCUUUGACAAGAUCACCUUUACUCACAUAGGAAGAACUCAUAACAGAAUCCCAUAUGCAUUGGCAAACCUAGCGUCAGCAUGGCAAGAUCUGAGUAAGGUCCCAAAGAAGCCAUUUAUCAUUACCGCAGCUAAUAUCCCAUACUAUGAAGAACAUUUUGUGAAUCAGGUUGAGUCAGAGGAAGAACCUUGGUUUAUGGAUAUUUUGCGGUAUAUGAAAGAUGGAACCUUUUCUGAUGAUGCAACAAAAGAAGACCGAUCAGUUCUACGAAAAAUGGCUGUGAAUUAUGUCCUAGCUGAUGGUGAACUGUAUAGGAGGGCUUGGGAUGGAAUGCUUCUAAGAUGUGUAGGCAAGAAGGAAGGAGAAGAGCUAAUGAAGAAGAUCCACGAGGGAGUCUGUGGUACUCAUUUGAGUGGCAUGAGUUUGGCUAGAAAGAUCAUGAGGCAAGGCUACUUUUGGGUGCAGAUGGAGGGAGACUGUGUCAACUAUGUUCAUCAUUGUAAAGCCUGCCAAUAUAAGGUUGAGCAUCACCAUUCUUCUCCUUAUCGGCCUCAAGCUAAUGGGGCAGUGGAAGCCGCCAAUAAGGAGAUUAAGAAGCGCAAUUAA